AUGCCUCGUGCCUCUCUUCUUGCAGGGGGUUAUGAGCGCUUCUCCUCGGAGUACCCUGAGUUCUGUGCAAAAACCAAGUCCCUGAGCAAUGUGUCACCCCCCACCAGCGCUGAGCCCCUGGAUUUGGGCUGCAGUUCCUGUGGGACCCCCCUUCAUGACCAGGGUGGCCCUGUGGAAAUCCUUCCCUUCCUCUACCUUGGCAGCGCCUACCACGCCGCCCGGCGGGACAUGCUUGAUGCCCUGGGCAUCCCAGCCCUGCUGAACGUCUCCUCAGACUGCCCCAACCACUUCGAGGGGCACUACCAGUACAAGUGUAUCCCUGUGGAGGAUAACCACAAAGCUGACAUCAGCUCCUGGUUCAUGGAGGCAAUCGAGUACAUCGACUCGGUGAAGGAGUGUUGUGGCCGGGUCCUAGUCCACUGCCAGGCUGGUAUCUCCCGCUCCGCCACCAUCUGCUUGGCUUACCUGAUGAUGAAGAAGCGUGUCAAGCUGGAGGAGGCCUUUGAGUUCGUCAAGCAGCGCCGGAGCAUCAUCUCCCCUAACUUCAGCUUCAUGGGGCAGCUGCUGCAGUUUGAGUCGCAGGUGUUGGCCACCUCAUGCGCAGUGGAAGCUGUCAGCCCCUCGGGGACACUGCGGGAGCGGGGCAAGGCCACCUCCACCCCCACCUCCCAGUUUGUCUUCAGCUUCCCAGUCUCUGUUGGUGUCCAUGCCACCCCCAGCAGCCUCCCGUACCUGCACAGCCCCAUCACCAUGUCGCCCAGCUGUUAG